AUGGUGAUUGCGUGGUUCUGGAAUCUGCAAAACCUGUGGCCAUUCCGAGUCGACGAGUUGAGAGAUUCGAAGCAAUUGGUGAGGAAACUGAACAUCCCUGAACACACGAAGCAAUUCGUAUGCGCUGUGCGUGACUCCCAAACCCAAUCCGUCGUUUACGUUCUAUCCGUUUUGAAUUUGUCGGAGCGAUCAGCCUCAGAUGCCGAGUGUCUCAUCAGGGAGAUCAAACCCGACGCCGUUUUGGUGCAGGCCGGGGUUUCCCCCUUCUCCCAGCUUCAGUCCGAAGAGUACUCUGUUCCGUUACCGACCUCGUCUUUUGGGGUAAUCAAACGUUGUUUUAUUGAUAAAAUUGGUAGGGACAUGUAUGAGAAUGCUGCAGGCAACUUUGUGCUGAGGGAGAUUUUUGGGACCAGUUUUCAUGGGCCCUUGUUGGCUGCGAAGAGGGCUUCUGAGGAUGUUGGAUCAUCUUUUCUUGUUAUAGAGUCUCCAUCUUGUUGGGGUGAUAGUAAUAAUAGUGAUAAUGAUAGCAAUUCUGGUGGUGGAGUUGAUAGGGGCAGUCAUUUUCGAAGUGUUGUUAACAGCUUGGUUCCUCAGCAGCAUGCUUCUUCUUGGUCUUCUUCGGCUUUGAAGAGGUUUUCUCUCGAUAAAGACCUCAGGAUGACUCUGGCUAAGGCUUUAUCUGGCCAUUUGGAUCCGCUUUUGCUUAGUAGUGCUAAUGCUAGUUCUGUUUUGGAGGAGGGUAAAGAGGAAAUUCAGCCAUCAACUAGUUAUGAGACUCCCGGUUUUGCCAGGUCUAUUUAUCCUUUGCUUGAGGAUUUGUAUAGUAUAUUUGGUGAUCUUCCGUCGAUUGGGAAGGCCCUGGCUCACGUGCAGAAGAUGUUGUUGGAUGUGAAUAGAGGGGAGGUUCUUGACAAGAGAACCGUUUCUGAGGUCUAUACUUUCCGAAUUGCUGUUGAAGGGCUUAGAAUUGCUCUAAAUAAUAAGGGGUUGAGGCCUGUUAACAGGAAAGGUCCCUCCAAGUUGGAUAAGAUUGAGUUCUCGGAGCUUCCGGUUGAUGACAAGUCACAUGCACUCUUUGCGCAGGCCAUUAGGAGCCACACUGAUAAGUUUAAGACCAUAGUGGCAGUGGUAGAUGCUAGUGCCUUGGCUGGUCUUAGGAAACACUGGGAUACUCCUCUUCCUGUUGAAGUGAAAGAGCUAGUUGGAGAACUGAUCACAAAUUCUGAUGGUAAGGGAGUUAUGUUGAAUCACAAUGACAAGAAGCGGUUAUUGACAGAUAAGCCUAUGGUGGCAGUAGGGGCUGGAGCGACAGCAGUUUUAGGAGCUUCAUCGCUGACCAAAGUAGUCCCUGCAUCAACAUUGGUGAAGGUCGUUACUUUCAAAAUUCCAACUUCACUUAAAAUUGGUCUCAGCCAGAUGCAGAAAGUCCUGACUUUUGCCUUUGGCCAAUCAAAAGUUGUGGCUCCAGGUUUUGCAACUUCAGGAGCCAAAACGUCCGGUAUUAUGAAGGCAGCAGUAUCUGCUGAAAAGAUUCGAGUUGUUACACACAGUGUCAUAGCGUCUGCUGAAAAAACCAGUAUUUCAGUCAUGAGAACGGCUUUCUAUGAAAUAAUGAGGAAGCGGAAGGUGCGGCCUGUUGGGUUCUUGCCUUGGGCUACAUUUGCAGGCAGUAUUGGAACCUGUACGGCCUUGCUUUUGUAUGGUGACGGGAUUGAGUGUGCUGUUGAGUCUCUCCCUGCAGCCCCAUCAAUUGCCAGUUUGGGUCGUGGGAUUCAGCAUCUGCAGGAAGCAUCUCAAGCAGUGAUGCAAACAGAAGGAAGUAGAAUCCAAGCAUCACUAGAAUCUCUAAUAAAAAGAAUAAAGAAGGCAAGGGAUUGA